CCAGAGAAGAAGAAAACACCUUUAUUUCUGCUUUCUUUCACUCCGAAUACGGAGUGAGAAACCCUAAUUUUUGCUCAGAAACCUUAAUUUUCUAAGUUGCAGACCUCCCAAAGCCUGCUCUGUUCUAAAUGUGCAUUCAAAGCUUCACCUCUACCGACCUUUUAAUGCUUCUCUUUUUCGUCGGUAUCUGAUUCCAAUUCGUACCUCCAAGCCUUUCGUUUUUCUCUCUCCGGCUAAUCCGAUUUGACCUUUUUUACCUGGUAAUUGGUUGUUCUCUCGUAUAAGAGAGAGAGGUGUGGGAAAUUUGGUUUGAGAAGCAUAAGAUGUUUGAGUUUGAUCGGAGAUCAGAGAGUGAGCUGAGUUCGGAAACCAGGAAUUCGAGUCAGAGUUCGAUGAGUAGCGAGAGUUGCGGUAGCUUCAGUCGGCUCUCUUUCGAGCUUCCGAUCUGGCGAUCUUCGCCGGAGAAUCUCACUCUCAAGCCGCACCGCUCCUCCGACUUCGCUUACUCCGCAAUCCGCUCAGCGACCUUCGGCCGCAAGGCCGGACUAACUUGCCGAGAUUUCAGGCUGCACCGCCGCAUCGGCGCCGGAGAUAUCGGAACCGUCUACCUCUGUUCACUUGCGAAUGGUGAUGAGAACUGCUAUUACGCUAUGAAGGUGGUGGACAAGGAGGCUUUAGAAUUGAAAAAGAAAGUGCAGCGAGCGGAAAUAGAGAGAAAGAUCUUGAAAAUGCUAGAUCAUCCAUUUCUGCCCACUCUGUAUGCAGAGUUUGAGGCUUCUCAGUUCUCCUGUAUCGUGAUGGAGUACUGUUCCGGCGGCGAUUUGCAUUCUCUCAGACAUAAACAGCCCCACAAACGCUUCUCUUUGAGCUCUGCAAGGUUUUAUGCUGCUGAAGUUCUCGUAGCGCUGGAGUACCUCCACAUGCUGGGAAUCAUUUACAGAGAUUUAAAACCGGAGAACGUUUUAGUAAGAUCAGACGGUCAUAUCAUGCUCUCCGACUUCGACCUGUCUCUCUGUUCAGAUGCCAUCGCCGCCGUUGAAUCCCCGUCAUCCUCCCCUGGCGCUGCGUCUCCAGCGAACCAUAGGUGCAUCCGCCCCCAUUCUACCCGGCUCUCAUGUCUCUUCCACCGGCUCUUCCGGUCAAAGAAGAUUCAAACACUGUCCUCCUCCAGCCGGUUGUUCUUUGUGGCCGAGCCGGUCACCGCCAAAUCAAGCUCAUUCGUUGGAACCCACGAGUACGUCUCCCCUGAGGUGGCAUCCGGUGGGUCCCAUGGCAACGCCGUUGACUGGUGGUCCUUCGGGAUCUUCAUCUACGAACUGAUCUACGGUCGCACUCCGUUCGCGGCUCCAUCCAAUGAAACUACACUGUGCAACAUCGUAAAAAAGCCCCUGACCUUCCCCACGCACUCACCUUCUUCCAUGCUUGAAAUCCACGCGCGGGACUUGAUCUCGGGUCUCCUAAACAAGGACCCUAAUAGCCGCCUCGGGUGCAAGCGUGGAGCCGCCGACGUCAAAACCCAUCCAUUUUUCAAAGGCCUGAAUUUCGCCCUGAUACGGUCGCUGACACCGCCGGAAAUUCCAAAUUUACGGAGGUUAAAGACGACGCCGGUGUGUCCUCAGAAGGAAUCAACGGCUUUUGAUUACUUUUGACAGCCCGUGUAACAAAGUGUUGGUGCCACGUGUUGAUGAGGGGAUGCCAGUUUUUAUGAUUGGCGGUGACAGAUGUGAAUAUUCGAGCUGUCCCCCCUUUUUUUUAAUAUAAUUUUGGAUUAAUUUAACUUAUGAGUAGGUUGACUUUAGAUAAAUUAAGGAUUUAUACGUAAAUAUUUCUCAUGGGAUGCUCACAAAAAUAUUUUUGUGGUGAAAAUAUGAGAAAAUGAUUAACAGUUAGUCUCUGCAUUGAAGGUGUUACGGUGCUCAGAUGAUCAUUUUUGAGAAGCAAAUAUAGGUUCUGUGUACUAUAUAUUAUACAUGGGCAUUUAGAAGAGAAUCUAGAUGGAACAAUUU